AUGAAAUCCUUAACCCUUGGACACAUAACAGAGCUGGAAGGCUUGUUGGACCACUUGGCUGAAGUAGCCCCUUCCCUGGAGUUCCUUAGUUUGCUGGGAAAUUCAGCCUGUCCAAAUGGGCUGGUCUGCCAAGACAAGGAUGAAGGAGACUACCAGAGAUACAGGCAUUUUGUCCUGCAUAAAUUAACCAGCCUGAAGUUUCUGGAUUCUCGAAAAGUCACCCGCAAGGAACGCGAAGAGGCCAUUUUGAGGGGAGCCUUCAUGAAAGUGGCGAAGCCCCUGGGUAAUCAGGAUUCCAUGGAAGAUAGUUCUACCUCCGCUCAGACGUCCUAUACACCUCUGCCUUCUGGAACAAGGAAUCUCACCCACCACAGAGACUUCGUUCCAACUCUGUCCAGUCAGUCGGCGGUCUGA